UGAGGACAAGUCUGUAGCCCUAAGAGACUCCGUGUAGAGGGAUGUUCAGGAAGAUUAACAAUGUGUUCCGGCCCAACCAUCCCGCGCACAGGGGGCGGGAUGGCGGCGGGUGUCGGUCCGAGCAGGACUACCACAGCGCCUGCACUGUCAGACUGGUGCGCAGCACCUCCAUGCUGGUGGUGGGAGAGAGAGCGCAGACAGCCGCCGGCUCGACUUUGAAACGCAGCAAAAGUACAGUGAGCAUCGAGUCGACCUUGUACUAUUAUCAGAGACAAGAGGACAGGAUAUGGCUCUACUCUCAGAACCAGAACUGCCUGGAGUACCUGGAGGCACUUGUGGCUUUGAGACGGCAAUACACAAAGAGCGUGAGCGACUUGAAAAGUAACGACGCCAAGGCCACAGUGUCCUCCAGGAAGCCAGCGCCGCCGCCGCCGAAGGAGAACAAGGAAGAACCGAUAUCAAGAGCCAAACCCUCUGCGCCUCCAGUCCCGGACGAGGAGGACACUUUGCAGUUCUUUGACGCGGUCAUCGCCAGCUGCGACAGCGAACCUCUGCGCAAGCCUUACGCGGAUGAUGGACACGCAGAUGUGGACUUCAUAGUGGCCUCCAGCUCGGCCGAACACGACCUCCACUCCAACUGGGUCUUGCGGGUUCCUCGGGUCGCGGACGACUCCAAGCAGAAAGCGGCUAGUGACUGUGCCAACGACAGCGCCCCGAGGAAGAAGAAACAGAGCGGGUCCACGAGCAGCCGACUGCGGCUGCAGAGGAACCCGAUCCACCUGCCCAAAGUGGUGGAGAGUGCUUUCCAGACUCUGCGCUUCAAGCCCAAAUUAAAAAAGCAGUGA